UUGUUCUGGGCGGUGAUCAGGGCUUGCCUGUCAGCUGGAGAAGUAUACAUCGCAACAGUUAUCGACACAAGCGCUAUCGCUGGAAUAACUAUCUGGUUUCCUCCAGGCAAAGCGUUCUGGAAUAGUGAUGCGCAGAAGGUGCUUGGCUUCAACCAGUUCUUAGAGUCUCUGUCACCCGAAACCAAAGAAUGGUGGACUGAC